AGCUAAGAGAGGGCUGGGGAGAGGGGUGUUGGGGGGCUGGUCGCGGGCGAACGCAGCUCCAGUCCCCCACCUUCCCGCGCUGGGGUUCUGGACCGACAGGGGGCGUCCGCAGGCGGGGCUCCGCCACGCUCCCAGCGCCGGCGCUUUGUUUGCAUUCAAAUCCCCAGAGCUGGGGGAGGGGAGAACCUGGGGGGAACCCAAACGGGGUCUUGGAGGGGACCCUUUGUUUUGGGGUGAGGAGGUCACCCACUUCUACCUCUCGGUACCCGGCAUGGGAGGGCUGGAGGAGCAGAAAUCAAAUCCGAUGGUCUGCCAGCGUCCCUGGGGCGUCCCCGGGUUAAGAAGGUUCGUCAGACCCGGGGGAGCGCAGCGGGCGCCGGCCGGGAGUGAUGCCUUCCCCCGCGGUCCAAGAGGAACCCCCCUCCUCCUCACCUAGCUCAUCCACCCCGCCCCGCCUGCCCGCGCUGCCGGGAUAUCCCCGGUUAGACCCAAACCUGCUCUGUUAUCCCACCACCUCUCAGCCCGAGGGCUAGUCUCCUAGAAGGCUGUGCGAGGAACAGGAUGAGGCCCUGGUCAUUUCCACGCCCAUCCCACCCACUUCCUGCCUCCCUCUUGGGCAACAAAGGGGCCUCGAGAAGCGGGGGCCCCAUCAGCUCUUGGCCCCACUCCCACCCCUGCCCUGCUGAUGUGGAACGGGGUUCGGGCUCUGCCCGGCUAUUGUCUGCGCUGUGGGAGGAGUGGGCUGAGGCCUGGACCUGGCUCUCAGCCUAAUGCACCAAGACCCCAUGGGGGCUUUCCCUACUGCCUUCCCCACCGCGUUCCUCCUCACCCCGCUAAGGGGUUCACCUCCCAGAAUUGGGUCUUGGGGCUGCCAGAGCCCCAGUGGAUGCAGGUCCUGCUUCCUGAGAGGUUCUUUUAAGGAACUCCCAAAUCUAUUAGGUUGAGUGUGUGUGGGUCCCCUCUUUAUUUUUUGAAAACCGCUCCCUGUUGAGAGGCAGAGGGGAAGGCCUAGAGGUCUGGGAGGGCUUCUUGGAAUCUGUCCACACCUCCCGCAGACUCAGCUCCGCCCUCCCUUCAGGGGAGACCCUAGUGGUCUUUAGGAGGGGCUGAGGUCUGGUGUGAGGCAGUAGGUCCUCCCCCAAAGGGAGUGACCAGGGACAGUUCCAGGGGGGUCCUAGAGAGGCCUAAUCAAGUGUUUUGUCCCCUCAUCUCUGGGCCUGGGUCCCCUUCUGGUUUGUUUUCUCUGGCUGUGAUUCUGACCAUUUCUUUUCCCUCAGCAGGCAGCUGGCCUGGAGUGUAGAGCCCGGCCUGUGUCAUGGCCCCACAUUGGGCUGUCUGGCUGCUGGCAGUGGGGCUGUGGGGCCUGGGCAUUGGGGCUGAGGUGUGGUGGAACCUUGUGCCUCGGAAGACAGUAUCUUCUGGGGAGCUGGCCACGGUGGUACGACGGUUUUCCCAAACGGGCAUCCAGGACUUCCUGACUCUGACCCUGACGGAGCAGACGGGGCUUCUAUACGUGGGGGCCCGUGAGGCCCUGUUUGCCUUCAGCGUGGAGGCUCUGGAGCUGCAAGGAGUGAUCUCCUGGGAGGCCCCAGCAGAGAAGAAGACGGAGUGUAUCCAGAAAGGGAAGAGUAACCAGACGGAGUGCUUCAACUUCAUACGCUUCCUGCAGCCCUACAACACCUCCCACCUGUAUGUCUGUGGCACCUAUGCCUUCCAGCCCAAGUGCACCUACAUCGACAAGUUCACCUUCACUUUGGAGCGUGGAGAAUUCGAGGAUGGGAAGGGAAAGUGUCCCUAUGAUCCAGCUAAGGGCCAUACUGGCCUCCUUGUAGAUGGUGAGCUGUACUCAGCCACGCUCAACAACUUCCUGGGCACGGAGCCUGUUAUCCUGCGUAACAUGGGGCCCCACCACUCCAUGAAGACAGAGUACUUGGCCUUCUGGCUCAAUGAACCUCAUUUUGUAGGCUCUGCCUAUAUACCUGAGAGUGUGGGGAGCUUCAUAGGGGAUGACGACAAAAUCUACUUCUUCUUCAGUGAGCGGGCAGUGGAGUAUGACUGCUAUGCCGAGCAGGUGGUGGCUCGCGUGGCCCGUGUCUGCAAGGGUGACAUGGGGGGUGCACGGACACUUCAGAGAAAGUGGACCACGUUCCUAAAGGCGCGACUAGUGUGCUCUGCCCCCGACUGGCAGCUCUACUUCAACCAGCUGCAGGCGAUGCACACCCUGCAGGGCACCUCCUGGCAUAACACUACCUUCUUUGGGGUUUUUCGGGCACGAUGGGGUGAUGUGGACCUGUCUGCAGUCUGUGAGUACCAGUUGGAAGAGAUCCGGCGUGUGUUCGAGGGUCCCUAUAAGGAGUACCGAGAGCAAGCCCAGAAGUGGGGCCGCUAUACUGACCCAGUGCCCAGCCCUCGGCCUGGCUCGUGUAUCAAUAACUGGCACCGACGCCAUGGCUACACCAGUUCUCUGGAGCUGCCUGACAAUACCCUCAACUUCAUCAAGAAGCACCCACUAAUGGAGGAGCAGGUGGGGCCUCGGUGGGGCCGCCCCCUACUUGUGAAGAAGGACACUAACUUCACCCAUUUGGUGGCCAACCGGGUUACAGGGCUUGAUGGAGCCACCUAUACAGUGCUGUUCAUUGGCACAGGAGAUGGCUGGCUGCUGAAAGCUGUAAGCCUCGGGCCCUGGGUUCACCUGAUUGAGGAGCUGCAGGUGUUUGACCAGGAGCCAGUGGAAAGCCUGGUGCUGUCUCAGAGCAAGAAGCUGCUCUUUGCUGGCUCCCGCUCUCAGCUAGUCCAGCUGCCACUAGCAGACUGUAUAAAGUACCGCUCCUGUGCAGACUGUGUCCUCGCCCGGGACCCUUACUGUGCCUGGAGCGUCAACACCAGCCGGUGUGUGGCUGUGGGUGGCCACUCUGGAUCCCUCCUGAUCCAGCAUGUGACAAUCUCGGACACCUCAGGCAUUUGUAACCUCCGUGGCAGUAAAAAAGUCAGGCCCACUCCUAAAAACAUCACAGUGGUGGCAGGCACAGACCUGGUGCUGCCCUGCCGCCUCUCCUCCAACCUAGCCCAUGCACGCUGGACCUUUGGGGGCCGGGACCUGCCUGCCGAACAGCCUGGCUCCUUCCUCUAUGAUGCCCGGCUUCAGGCCCUGGUGGUGAUGGCUGCCCAGCCCCGCCAUGCUGGGGCCUACCACUGCUUUUCAGAGGAGCAGGGGGCACGACUGGCUGCUGAAGGCUACCUUGUGGCUGUAGUGGCAGGCCCAUCAGUGACCCUGGAGGCCCGGGCCCCCCUGGAAAACCUAGGGCUGGUGUGGCUGGCUGUGGUGGCCCUGGGGGCUGUGUGCCUAGUACUACUGUUGCUUGUUUUGUCCCUGCGUCGGCGGCUGCGGGAAGAGCUGGAGAAAGGAGCCAAGGCAGCUGAGAGGACCCUCGUAUACCCUCUGGAGCUGCCCAAGGAACCCACCAGUCCCCCCUUCCGACCUGGCCCAGAAACAGAUGAGAAACUUUGGGAUCCUGUUGGCUACUACUAUUCAGAUGGCUCCCUUAAGAUUGUGCCUGGACACGCCCGGUGCCAGCCUGCAGGGGGGCCCCCUUCUCCACCUCCUGGCAUCCCAGGCCAGCCCCUGCCUUCUCCAACUCGGCUUCACUUGGGGGGCAGCCGGAACUCAAAUGCCAAUGGUUAUGUGCGCUUACAGCUAGGAGGGGACGACCGGGGAGGGCUUGGACACCCCCUGCCUGAGCUCGCUGAUGAACUGAGACGUAAACUGCAGCAGCGCCAGCCACUGCCGGACUCCAACCCUGAGGAGUCCUCAGUAUGAGGGGAACCCCCUACCGCAUUGGCGGGGGAGGGGGCAGCAUGGGAGGUGCAGCUCCUACUUUUGCACAGGCAUCAGCUACCUCAGGGACAUGGCAUGGGCACCUGCUCUGCCUGGGACAGACCCUGCCCAGCGCCUGCCCAGCCAUGAGGACCUGCUCUGCUCAGCACGGGCACUGCCACUUGGUGUGGCUCACCAGGGCACCAGCCUCACAGAAGGCAUCUUCCUCUGUGUGAAUCACGGACACAUGGGACCCCAGCAGCCAAAACUUCAAGGCAGAAGUUUCAAGAUGUGGGUGUGUUUGUGUUUAUAUGUUUUUGCACGUGUGUAUGUAUGUGUGUGUGUGUGUUACAGGUGGCAUAGCCUUCCUGUUUCUGUUGAGUCUUCCCAAGUUCUGGGGUCCUCCUGGUGAGUCAUUGGAGCUAUGAAGGGGAAGGGGUCGGAUCACGUUGCCUCUCCUACCCUCAUCUGUCCCGAGUAUGGGGCAGUGAUGUACAUACAUAUGGGGGUGGGGUGGGCAGGGUGCUGUACCCCUUUAGGGGGAGUGCAGGGCUCAGGGGUGGGCCUAAUCCUGCUCCUAGGGCUGUGAAUGUUUCAGGGUGGGGGGAGGGAGAUGGAGCCUCCUGUGUGUUUGGGGGGGAAGGGUGGGCAGGGCCUCCCACUUGGCCUUUGUUCCUGGUAUUUUAUACUUGUCCUCUUCCUAUACAGGGCUGGGAAAGGUGUGGGGGGAGGGAAGGGAGAAAGGGUGGGCAUGCUGUGGUAUUGGCAUAUCCUCUCCCAGCCCUAGGAGGAGGGCUCCCAACAGUGUAACUUAUUGUGUUCCUGCGUAUUUAUUUGUUGUAAAUAUUUGAGUAUUUUUAUAUUGACAAAUAAAAUGGAGAAAAU